UGCGAUAGAACAGACCGGGCAGCUUCAUACAAUCUUUAUUGCAAUAGAAAAUGGCGGACAACAUUGAGAAGAGUAAGAAGCGUAAGAAGAACGCUGAUGGAUCCUCGAGACCAACCAAAAAGGUUGCAAUUGAGGGUAACAAAAAUCUUGAGAUUUCUCUGAAAGAUAGUGGUGAAUGGGCACCUGUGGUUGGUAUGUUUUUCCUUUUGAAUUAGGAGAACCAUUGUGGUGUCAAAACAAGUGAUCAUAGCCAUGGGCAAGCUGACUCUUUAUAGCAUCAACUCCUGGAUUGUCUAUGCCAAUAUCGAUAUCACUUCAACCAUUCACAAAGCCUCGCAAGAAUGCCUCCCAACGACCAGGACGUAGUGGUGCAAUUGCUACAACAGAAGUCCUUCUUCAUUCCUCAGAACAUCCAAAACUUGAUUACAUAGCACGGGAGGAAGAAGAGGGUGAACCCGAGACAUUAUUGAAGCAUUAUGUCGGGGUUUACGAUCCAAAGACCGGGAAAUUAGAGGUUGUAGAAGCGCGAAAGAUGGUGGUUCGUGGAAGCGUUAGAGCACAUCAAGCUACGGAGGCAGAAUUUGCGAAACAUGUAUGUCUACCGGGAAACAUAUUAAGAUAGAUGCUAACAUGUCUCCCCACAGACUAUCCGAGAGCUUCGAAACGACCUUGGAGAGACUUUCGGUACUAAAAAAGCGAAGAAAGCUAUUGCCUCUGUCACGGAGAACGCCAUCUCAGCAAACAAAGGCUCAAGAUUACUCGCAGAUGGUGCUAAACCUGCGAAGUUGGAUGCUGCGAAAUCAGCCAUCAUUGCAUCUAUGGCAGAAGCUACAUCUAGCAUGGCAUCCAGGAAAGAUCUUGAGGAACAAGCAGAUGCAGCUAAACCACGACCAAAAGCAGACCUUGCUGCAAAAGACAUCAAAGAUGUGUACACAGUGGACAGUCUCAUUGGAAGUGACAUUUUCAAGUCGGUGCCGGUUUUGGAAUGGGAGCAAUCAGUCAAAGCAAAGAAGAACAUCACUACCAAUUCGAGAUAUGUGUCGGCAAGGAUCGUCACUGCAGCUACCGCAGGCGUUAAUAAGCUCAGAGUUUUACGAUAUCUCCUUCUCUUGUUAGAUUUACACAUGGCUUCUCGACCAAUGCGAGGCGGUAGAAUGCUGCCCAAGCGCGAAGAAAUGAAAACAAAGUUGGGUGAUAAUCUACCUCAAUCCGUCAUUGAAGAUAUUCGACGCAAAUAUUCUGACGCCGGUGUAAUGUCAAAAUUCAAGUCUGAUCUUCUGAUCACUCACGUGUGCGCACUAGCAUGUCUAGUCGAUAGCUAUGAAGUCGAUCUGUAUGAUCUUCAGUUGGAUUUGAAGUUGGAGACGAAGGAUAUGACUCAAUAUUUCAAGGAAAUCGGUGCGAGGGUUGUAGGACUUCCAGAGGCUAGGAGAAAGGCAUUGGAUUUGGACAAGGCGACUGCCGCACAAAGGAGGACAGCGAAGUUGAGGUUGCCGCUGGAUUUCCCAAGGGUACCCUUUGGAAGGAGAGGAUGAAGAUAAGUGUCGGGGAUAGACUAGGCUGAUGACUGUUAUUGGCGAAGCGGAGUCGGGCUUCUUAAGAUUAAAAAUGGAGAUAAUGAAUUUUUAUGGCUAUUAAUAAUACCUAGGU